CUUCCCUCUCUUAUCCGAAACCCUCCAUCCUCUCUCCAGCUCCUCCAUUCUCACCCGCUCUCUCUCUCUCUCUCUGCAACUCCAUCUUACGGGAGGCAGGAAGCCGUAUAAUUCUAUCCAUAAUGGCGGUUUCGCUCUCUACAAACACUUUCCUCUCGCUCUCAUCCCCAUCUUCACUGAAUUCCCGAGCACUUUCUCCCUCUCGGAGGCUUGGAUUUGGAGGUGGUCUCCCCGGGUCCUCCAUUACCAGUCGGCGGAGCUCUGGCGCCAUUACUCCAGUUUGCGCAAUCGCGCUCUCCGAGAAAAUCGAGAAACUGGGCCAGGAGAUCAAGCUUCUAACCCUGGAGGAGGCUCGGUCCCUGUCGGACUACCUGCAGGAGGAGCUCGGCGUCUCUCCCGCUGCUUUUGCUCCUGCUGCCGUCGGAGUUGCCCCUGGAGCGGCUGGGGCAGCGGAGGCGGCUCCUGCUGUCGAGGAGAAGACGGAGUUUGACGUGGUGAUUGAGGACGUCCCGAGCAAUGCUAGGAUAGCAACGAUUAAGGUGGUGAGGGCGCUAACGAACCUGGCGCUUAAGGAGGCCAAGGACCUCAUUGAAGGACUACCGAAGAAAUUUAGGGAAGGAAUCUCGAAGGAGGAGGCCGAGGAUGCAAAAAAGAAGCUUGAAGAGGUGGGGGCGAAAGUCUCCAUUGUCUAGAGCUUUCUGUUAGUUAAGCCCAAUUCUGUAUCAGCGACAAGGACCAAUUCCUUGUUGAAUGUAUCAAUUCCACAUGAUGGUGAUGAUUCUCAUGAAAAUUCUAUUGCUUUACCGCAUUCCUGUUUCUCUUAUAGAUGUUUGAUUUUCCUUUUACAUUUAUUGGGCUUUCCAGGCGGUCCCUUAUGUACGAUAUCUGGACAUCCUUUGUGCGAUACUCUCUCUGUCUUGGAGAGACUGAUGAAAUCUUGCUAUUAUUGUUAAACAAAAUUUUGUUGUCAUUUGAUAUCGGUCUCAUACUCUAACAAACGAAUUCAGAAAUUUUAUGUGGCUAUUGGGAAUUUAUCAAUGGUGACCCAAUUUGUUAGCUUUGAAACUGGUUUCAGCUUGGUUAUCGUCCCACCCAUGGUGUAUUUUAUCAACGGAUAUCUCGAAGUGGCUGAAGUCCUAAGUACACUUAUUUAUCUCUUCUAGGUAUAAUCUAUUGAUAAUAAUUUGAUACCGAGCUUCCAUCAGUCUGCCAUAUUUGAAACA